AUGGUCCUUUUGAAAUGGCUGGUAUGCCAACUGGUCCUCUUCGCGUCACUGUCGCAUGCGUUUACCGACUAUCUUUUGAAGAAAUGUGCGCAAUCUGGGUUUUGCCAUAGAAACAGGGUCUAUUCUGACAACAUCGCCAAGUCGCAUCACUGCUACUACAAGCUGGACGCCCAAUCUAUUGCUCAUGACCCGCUUCAGAACUCCCUUUCUGCCACCAUAAUCAAAACCAUACCAAGACUGGACGGCGCUGACAUAGCCGUUGAGCUGCCCUUUUCGCUUUCUUUUCUACAAGACCACUCCGUAAGAUUCACUAUCGAUGAGAAGGAGAGGACCGUUGCCAGCGGGGGCUCUCUACUCGCCUCCCAACGGUACAAUGAAACCUGGAUGUACGCCUUCGACGGGAAGUUCCACGACGAGGCGAACAAGACCAACUUCCCAGAGCUACGCUUUGCCAAGCAAGAACACUCCACAGACUCGCUUUGGUCGAGACUGUCCUCAUUCCUCACCCAUUCGAACUCUACUACGGACACUAUCCAUUUGCAAAAUGGUAACAUAUCGCUGGAAAUCCUCACCGAGCCCUUCCAGCUGAAAAUCUACUGGCAGAAUAGCUUAAGACUUAUAGUAAAUGAGCGGAACUUUCUAAAUAUCGAGCACCAAAGGUCUAAAGAGGAAAAUUUUGCUCACGUGCUCCCAGAGGAAACCACUUUCAACAUGUUCAAAGACGAUUUCAUGUACUCCAAGCACGACACUAUGCCUCUGGGGCCCGAAUCGGUUGCGUUGGAUUUCACCUUCUUCCAAUCCACAAACGUUUUCGGUAUACCGGAACAUCCAACUUCCCUACGGCUGAUGGACACUUCGCAGGGGGAGCCUUACAGGCUGUUCAACGUCGACGUCUUCGAGUACAACAUCGGGACCACCCAACCAAUGUACGGGUCCAUCCCAUUCAUGUUCUCCUCGUCGUCCACGUCCGUCUUCUGGGUCAAUGCCGCUGAUACUUGGGUGGACAUCAACUACGAUACUCAGCAGAAUAAAACAAUGACUCACUGGAUUUCAGAAAAUGGUGUCGUGGAUGUAGUUAUCUCCCUGGGACAGGAUAUUCCUGCAGUCAUUGACAAGUUUACCGACUUGACUGGCCGACCAUUCCUGCCACCAAUGUCGUCUAUUGGGUACCACCAGUGUAGAUGGAACUACAACGAUGAAACGGAUGUUCUCACCGUGGAUGCUCAGAUGGACGCUAACGAGAUUCCGUACGAUUUCAUUUGGCUGGACUUGGAAUACACAAACGACAAGAAAUAUUUUACAUGGAAACCGAACUCUUUCCCCAACCCAAAGAGACUGUUAUCGAAAUUGAACAAGCUGGGAAGAAACCUAGUCGUGUUGAUCGAUCCUCAUUUAAAGAAGGGUUACGAGAUUAGCGACAGUGUAAUUAACGAAAACGUCGCCGUCAAGGAUCAUAAUGGCAACGACUACGUGGGCCAUUGCUGGCCAGGCAACUCCAUCUGGAUCGAUACUAUGAGUGAGUACGGUCAGAAAAUCUGGAAAUCCUUUUUUGAGAAAUUUAUGGACUUACCAGCCGAUUUGACAAAUUUGUUCAUUUGGAAUGAUAUGAACGAGCCUUCGAUAUUCGAUGGUCCGGAAACCACUGCACCAAAGGAUUUAAUUCACGACAAUCAUACCGAGGAGAGAUCUAUCCAUAACCUGUACGGUUUAUCCGUUCAUGAAGCCACUUAUGAUGCGGUCAAAUCAAUCUACUCUUCAUCCGAUAAACGUCCCUUCCUUUUAACAAGAGCAUUUUUUGCCGGCUCUCAACGUACGGCGGCCACAUGGACUGGUGAUAACGUUGCUACUUGGGACUACCUAAAGAUUUCCAUACCCAUGGUUUUAUCGAACAACGUCGCUGGGAUGCCAUUUAUCGGAGCCGAUAUUGCUGGCUUUGCUGAAGAUCCGACACCUGAACUAAUUGCCCGUUGGUAUCAAGCAGGUUUGUGGUACCCAUUCUUUAGAGCCCAUGCUCAUAUCGAUACUAAGAGAAGAGAGCCUUACCUGUUUGAUGACCCUUUGAAAUCUAUCGUUCGUGACACCAUUCAGCUGAGAUAUUUCUUAUUGCCCACCUUAUACACUAUGUUUUAUAAAUCAAGUACCACUGGAUUUCCUAUAAUGAAUCCAAUGUUUAUUGAGCACCCAGAAUUUCCCGAGUUAUACGACAUCGAUAACCAAUUUUAUUGGGGUGACUCAGGUUUGUUGAUUAAACCUGUUACGGAUCCUGGUCAAUCGGAAAUUGAAAUGAUUUUUCCACCCGGUGUCUUUUACGAUUUUGAAUCAAUGGCCUCUUUCGUAAACACUGGAGCCGACCCAGCAGUGAAAAUCAUUCCUACACCACUAGAUAAGAUCCCAUUUUUCAUUGAAGGGGGACACAUCAUUACCAUAAAAGAUAAGUAUAGAAGAUCCUCAAAGCUGAUGAAAAACGAUCCAUAUGUCCUAGUUAUUGCUCCAGAUGUCAAAGGUCAUGCUGUAGGUGAUUUAUAUGUUGAUGAUGGAGAGACUUUUGGCUAUCAAAGAGGUGAAUACGCAAAGACUCGGUUCGUUUUAGAAGACGGUCAUAUCCUAAAAAACGUUCCAAGUCAUACUCCAGAUAAUCUGAUGAACAUUCACAAUGACGUGUUGAGAAAUACAAAUAUUGAAAAGAUUAUCGUUGCGAAGAACGAACUACAACGUGAUAUAGCAUUGAAGGACUCCGUGACAAUCAAACAAGGUGGUGAAGAACGAUCAUUCCCCACUAAACUAUCACAUGAAGAUGACAAUAAGAUUAUCAUCAUGAACCCAAUGCUCGAUAUAACCGAAAACUGGGAACUAAUCUUUUAG